AAUGUAGACAAUCAUGGGUUUGAAAAUUUCUCUACGCACUCUUGCUUCGAGGAGCAGUUACUUUUAAAACGUCCGACUACGGGAUGCUAAACUGAAAUCAAAUAUAUAUUUACCUGAACAAAUCAACUAUUCUCCAAAAGUGACGUUUAAGAGCCGAUAAUUUCCAUUUCUUUCAACUGCAAUUUUUAGUUCAGCUCAUCAUCGAUUGCUUUUGCCUGGUGUCGUACAACAGGAAGAAGAUUCGCCAAUGUCGUUUUGACGUUUCUGUUCUACUGAAUCGUUUUUUUCAGCUGAUAACUGUCCGUGUUAAGCGAUUGCUCUGUUUCCUGCCUGACCCACUUGAUAAUCACAAUGGCACCUCGUGGACUCCGUCUUCAUCUGUGAGUCCCGCGAGUGAACUCUUAACUCCUCCACUAAGUUCGCUUGACCGCUGGUCAGCAAUGCUCUGAGCAGCUCCAGGAUGGAGGAAAAAGCUUUGGAAGUGUAUGACGUGAUCAGGUCGAUCCGGGACCCAGAAAAGCCAAACACGCUCGAAGAAUUGGAGGUGGUGACGGAAAAAAGUGUGGAAGUCCAGGAGCUUGGAGACGAAGAGUUCCUCAUCAUCAUCCGAUUUUCACCCACUGUUCCACACUGCUCCCUAGCUACACUCAUAGGUUUGUGUCUGCAAGUGAAACUUCAGAGAACACUUCCUUUCAAACACAAGCUGGAAAUUUACAUUUCAGAGGGAACACACUCGACUGAGGAAGACAUCAACAAACAGAUCAACGAUAAGGAACGAGUAGCGGCAGCGAUGGAGAACCCAAAUCUGAGAGAGAUUGUUGAGCAGUGUGUGAUCGAACCUGAUGACUGAGAUACAUGCAUCUGCUCUUCAUGUCUUAUUGUGUGCUUGUGUGUCUGAGAAUAUGAGCUGAUUCCAAUUAGAACUUCUGGGAUUUUGGAUGAGUUUCCUGUCACCCGUGUACCUAUUUCAAAUGAAAGAAACUAUUUUAGAUACACUUCUGCUUCCACUCUAAGAGCAAAUAAAAAUAUUUUUUAAGGAAA